UCGCAAUGUCAGGAAAUUCUCCAAUCCACCUAUAAUUUCGUGGAAACCAAGGGCUGGUCCCAUCAGAGACAUGGCGCGUUUCCAACAAGGGAUGUCCCUGUUGGCGUACUUUCUGUAUCCACGAUGGUCUACGAAAGGCUGAAGGCCCUUUUGUUUCCGAACCUCGAGGAACACACAGGCAUUGAAGCAAAGUUUUGGUCAUUCCGCGACCUGUUUAUCGUCGGAUACCACGAGGACUACCAGCGGAUGCUUGGGUUGCACACAGAUGGCUGCCUCGCUUCGCUGACUCUUUUACUGAACGAUCCCACAGAGUUCCAAGGCGGGGGCACGUUCUUUGAAAAGUUUGACAUGCUUGUCAACCAAAUGCCCGGAGACGCCUGGGUGCACGACGCCAACCUCCGACACAGUGGCGUCGAGAUAACACAGGGGACACGAGUAAUCAUGGUUGGGUUCAUGGACACUGUUGGUGGAAUUACUGAAGAGUAUAAU